AUGGCGGCGCUGCGGUCCUUCGGCCUCAGCGUUGUGGCGCCUCGGCCGGCGGUGGAGCUGGCGUCAGACGAAUACGCGGCCCUGCGGGAGGAGGUAGCGCGUCGUCGCAACUGCAAGGGCGCAGUGAUGUACGGCUACGGCGGGGCGGGAGUCGUGGUGCGGAUGUGGAGGCUGCGGUCGCACGCAUUCGCAAUGGAGCGGGCGGCGCAGGAGGCCAUCGUGACGCACCGUCUAAGCGGCGCGGCCCUCCGCGCGAGGCUCGCGAAGAGGCUCGCCGGGCUGCCGAGGGACGUGCGCCGGUGCCUUGGCGACUGGGAGGCGACACGCCUCGACUGCCUCGUGCGGUUUGCGGCGUGGCUGCGUGUGACGGGGCGGCAGCCGGCGCAGACGGACCUCGGCGGGCUGCGGGACCUGCGCCGUCGCUGGAUCGCGCUGCAGGACGAGUGCGCGCGGUGCGUCGCCGCCGACGCCCACGUGCGGGCCCGGGUGGCUCGCUACGAGCCGCCCGACGGCGAGGCCGCCACCGACGAGCCCGACGUCAUCGUCUGCGCUGGCCCGCAGGGCUGCGGCAAGUCCACCUUCUCCCGCACCCUCUUCGCGCUGCUGCGGCAGGCCGGCCUCUCGCCGUGCUGGGUCAACCAGGACGAGGUCGGCGGACGGCGGCAGUUCCUUGACGCCCUUCGGCGCGCACGGCACGCGGGCCACACGCACCUCAUCGUCGACAAGAUGAACCUCGACGCGGCCGCCCGCGACGACUACGCCGCCCUGGGGCCCAAGACCCUGGCGGUGGCGUGGUCGCACCCCGGCGGCACGGAGGCGCUCGUGGCUGUCUGCUUCGAGCGGGUCUGUCGCCGUGGCUCCGCCCACCGCACCUUCAGGGCGGACGGGGGCGGGCGGGGGGGCAUGCGCAACAUUCUGCGGGGCUGCGCGGCGCGGUACCGGCCGCCCACGGAGGGCCCGUUCGUCGAAGUCAACGUGGCAGACGACACGGCCACCACAGUGCGGCGCGUCUGGGAGGAGCUCUCCGCGCAUGGGACGAGCGACCUGCCGGAGAUCGCGGCACUCGAUAUGGCGGCGGCAAUAGGGGUGGCGAACGCCUACGAGUCUUUUCUGCGCCUUUUCCCCCGCCCCGUGGAGUACGCCGCGAUUCAGAUUGCGUCGCCCGAGCGGCUCCUCGCGCUGGUGCCGCCGGCGAUGCUGGACGGCAAGGAGGUGCAGGCGGCCUUCCACGUGACGACGCUGUUCGUUGGCCGCGGCGGCUGCAGAGACCCGGUGCUGCUGCAGCGGCUGGUGGAGCUGCGAGGCACGCCCAUCCAACUCACGCUGACGUGCGUCGUGUCGGACGCGAGGGGGACGGCGAUCGCGGUGCGCAACGAGGGGGAGUUCCCCUGCCAAAACGCUCACCCACACAUCACCGUCGCGAACGCGCAGGGCGUCCCGGCCGCGUACAGCAACGAGCUGCUGGACGACGCCCGUGCGGACGACCCGUCCCGCACCGUCGCCCGCCUCCCCGCCGGCACCUGCGUCUGCGGGACAUUCGACUUCGUCUUUCGGUGA